AUGAUUGGGUUGAAAUAUAGUGUUGUUGAUUUUAAAAAAAUCAAGGACUUGUGCUCGACAGCUGCUGAACACCAACAACUAGACUAUUCUUUUCAAGGCAGAAUGAAGUUUGAAACGGAUUUUUUUUUUCCUCAAAUGGAAGCAUCAGGUCAGAAAAGGUUAUUAAACUUCUCUUCUUGUGUCGGAUCUUUAUCAGGCUGCCUAAAUUCUUCACUUGAAUCUGAAGAAGAAACCAGUCCAAGGAGUGUCACAGAAUUUCCUGUGAUAAUUCGUCAGAUGAAACCCAUUUCUAAAAGUGAAAACAAAUCAAAAUCUUGUAAACGGUUAAAAAUGCCUUCUAUAGAAACUAAAGAAAAUUGCGCAACAUUAAAAUUAUCGGAAGAAGAGAAAUUAUUGUGGUCGAAUAAAAAACGAAAACAGGACACCACAAACAACACAAAAGAAUCAGCACAAUCAGAAAAAAUAUUUCCCACACAUGCAGAGAUCAUUUUAAAGGAAAGUAUUUCAGCCAAUACAGAAGCGAUAAAUUUGACCUCGGCACCAACUAAGGAAGAAAAAUCAUGUUUGCCUAAUGAUGAAAACCCGAUUUUGCCAGAAACGGACAAGAAGCCAUCAGACCGAAGAUUUAGAAGAGUUUACAACGACCAAGAAACAGAAAUACUUGAAAAUGCUUUUCAAAAUUCCAGUGGAUAUCCAGGAAAAUCGACAAUUCUACACAUCUGCAAGGUUCUGGAUGUAGAUGAAGAAAGGAUAAGAAAUUGGUUUCAAAACAGACGAGCUAAAUGUAAAAAACCCGCAAAAGCAGCUCCAAAAUCUCCAUUCAAAUUGGUACCUAUUGCACCGGCAUCUAUUGGAAUAAUGAACAACGUGAAUUCUAUUCAGAAUCCUUAUCUCCUGCAGAUGCCAAGUUUCAUGAAUGGACCAACAGUUUUCAAUUAUGCUCCAAGUGCCUCCUAA